AUGACCCCAUACCCUUUCACCUUCCCCGCACCAACAGACCACACGCCCAUCGACCCCAGCCCAACAAUAGAACCAUCAUCACCAGCACAGGGUCCUCAAUCUCGAACCCUCACCUACACCCUCGAGAAUGUCCGCGGCAAACACCCAGUUCCGCAAGCCUCGCACCUCCGCACGCUCUUCCAAAGCUCGCGCGACAACUCAACUACCAUCCUCGCCUUCCCCUGCACCUACGACGGGCUCUCCUCGCGCCUAGUAGCCGAAUCAGGCUUCCCGCUGAUCUUCCUCUCAGGCUUCGCCGUCUCCAGCGCCCAAGGCCUUCCAGACACAGGCUACAUCGCACUAGAAGACAUGUGCCACAAGAUUCAAGAGACGGCGCGCGUGGUGCCGCCCAGCAUGCCCAUCAUGGUCGACGGCGACACGGGCUACGGCAGUCCCAUGAACGUCAAGCGCACGGUGGAGUGUUUCGCGGCCGCCGGGGCCGCGGGGGUGAUGAUUGAGGAUCAGACGUGGCCGAAACAACACACAUACAGCGCCCUAGCUGCCCUUCCCAUCUCCAUACAAACAAUCCAUCCCUCACCCCUCACUCAACACCGCACAACUGACCACCCAUCCAAAUCGAGAAAAGGCUGCGGCCACACAAAAGGCAAAUCUACCGUCUCACGCGGCGAAGCCUACGCCCGCAUCCAAGCAGCCGUCGACGCACGCACCCAGGGCCGCGACAUCUUCAUCCUGGCGCGCACCGACGCACUAAUCCACGGCUGGGACGAGGCGAUGACGCGGGCGCGCGAGUUCAUGCGUCUCGGCGCCGACGCCAUCUUCGUUGAGGCGCUACCGGACCGCGAUGCCAUGCGUCGCUGCGUGCAGGAGCUUUCCGGCGUGCCGCUCAUGGCUAAUAUCAUUGAGGGCGGGAAGACGGAGAAUCUUUCUGCGGCGGAGCUGGCGCGGCUGGGCUUUGCGGCUGUCGCGUAUCCGUGGACGCUGGUUGCUGCUCGACUCAAGGCUACACGCGAGGCGUUGGAGGGGUUGAAGCGGAGUUUUGGGGUGGGAAGCCCGCCGAUGAUUAUGCGGUAUGAUGAGGUUUGUGAGGGGGUGGGGUUUCGCGCGUAUUGGGAUGCGGAGACGAGGUAUGAGUUCGAUGAGGAGGGGCUUGUCAACCCUCCAAGAGAGGAGUGAUACUAUACUUCUGCACUCCGCGGUGGGUGUAUAACCCAUAUUUUGGAUGCUGCUGUGAAUAUCAUCUCUCCCGAUGACCUGAGUAUGCGGAGCUCAAGUUGCAGAGAUCCCAAGGUUACUCUUGCUUGGUUGCAAUGCCACACGUCGUGCGCAUCGUCCGACGCAGAAAAGAUCAUAUCAUCAUCCAGCUAUGUUGAUCUGUAGCGGUAUGGCAUCUCAGCGAUAACAUCUCGGAUGCAUUAGCCUGGAACAGCACAGAGUAGCGAGCUUUGCGGACUGAAAUACUACUUUAGUACUAGCCUCCAUACAGCGACAUCCACUGCAAAUGCUUCGACGACAGCCGUGACGAAUGGAUCAAUUUUCUACAUCUGGAUCUAUAGGCCCUCUAUACGGAGUCACAGACCUCUCCCGGAGAU